CCAACUUCAGGGAGCUAUUCACGGAGCUGUGAAAACUGCGAAUGCAGACGUCCGUUUUCGCAUUGCUAACAUGUUAUUCGUGUUAAAUUAAUUAUGGCAUGUGCCGCUUACAACUGUACUGAUAGCUCAUAAAAUAAUCCUUCUCUGCGGUUUUUCGGUUUUCUUACUGUCCAAAUAAUUAGGUAGCAAAUCUAUGUUUCUGGCGGCCGCGAACUUCCGCACAUUUGUACAUUAAGUAGCUUAGGCUAUGUGAUUUAGUCUGUCCAAGGCCAAGUUUACCGAAAGAUUCUUUAUUCAUCUUUGAUCAGUGCUUCAGGAGGGUAAUCAAGUGAGUAAACAAACUCUUUAUUCACGAAGAAAUCCAUUGUCUGUAUUCUGGUGUAAUUCUUUGAAGUCCGCCAUUGCCAAAGGAGAAAAUGGUCGCUAAGGUUUGCUGAUCUUGAGAAUAGCCUACCAAAAUAACCAAACGCAGGUCUACUGAUUAACUCACUUCUGUGGCCUCCAGGGACUUCGAUCCAUCAGGAGGAUGUUCACACUAGUCUUGCAUCAAGAAAAGCUUCGUUACACGGACUCUUUUUGGUGAAUUCCUGAAGAAGACUAGCUAAGAACUGAGUGUUCCUGAAAUUGUGCAGACAUGGACUCUGAGAUGGAGGGGUUCGAGCUGGAGAGCCCUCCAUCACCACCAACAAGCUAUUUGUCCAUGGAAAGUGAGGAGGAUCAGCCUGUCGGAGCUGAUAAAGAACAUGAUUUUGCUCCUUUAAUAGUCGAUCUGGAGAGAGCAGCUUCACCAGAGACGAAGCGGAGCAAAUCGGAGUGUUGCUCUGUUCAGCCCAGAGAAGGAGCCUUUUUUCCAGGAAAUGGAGUCAAUCUGGAGAGAGCAGCUUCACCAGAGACGAAGCAGAGCGAAUCUGUUCAGCCCAGAGAAGGAGCCUUUUUUCCAGGACAAGGACCAGAGGCAACACACCAGUCAUUCUCUUCCUCUGAAAAUAUGAUGUUAGAGUUGGAGAGAAUGAUCCCUGAGAAGGAGAAGAACCUCUGUCCCAUGGGGAUACCAUUUAUAUUCAAGUCCAUCCUGAAAACUCUACAGGAGUUGAAAAAAUCGGAGCUGUCUCAGUUCAAGAAGCUUAUGAGACGCACGUACCCACAAUACUUCGAGAAUCAGAUGGAGGAUUUUGAUGUCCUGGAUGUUGUGGAUAUGAUAAUGGAGCGCUGUGGCAAAGUGAUUGCUAUUAAGGUUACGGUGCAUAUCCUUAAGUGCAUGAAGAUGAAUGAUCUAGCUACCUCCCUGGCAGUGGAGACUCGCAGAAUUAUGCUCCAGCAUGAAUUGAAAGAACGUCUGAAGAUGAAGUACGAGACCAUAUUUGAAGGGAUAGCCAAACAUGGGUGCCACUGCUAUUUGAGUCGCAUACAUGCACAUGUGCACAUGACAGAGGGUGGAAAUGGUGAAGUUAAUGAUGAGCACGAGGUGAGGCAAAGUGAGAUUGCUUCAGGCAGACAAUCCACACCAGAGGUUGCACUAAAACCCAGUGACCUGUUCGAACCCUCAUUUGUUAGUGAGAGAUGCAUCAGAACUGUGAUGACCAGGGGGAUUGCAGGCAUAGGGUUAACGGUCGCAGUACAGAAAUUUAUUGUGGACUGGAUUGAAGAAAAGGCAAACCAGGACAUUCACUUCGUUUUUCCAAUUCCUUUUGGUGAGCAAACCUGUGUCAAGAUGCAAGAACAAAGCCUGACUGACUACCUCACCAUAUUCCACCCAGAAAUAGGAGCUAUGGAUUUCAUCGACUCUCCUGACUGCAAAGUUUUGUUCAUCUUUGAUGCUCUUGAGGAAUAUCGGCAUACAUUAAGCUUCCAGAAGAAUGGAAUCUGGACGGAUCCAAAGGCACCAACAUCGGUGGAUAUGCUGGUUACUAAUCUAAUCAAGGGGAAUCUGCUUCCCAAUUGUCUUCUCUGGAUCACCACACGCACAGCAGCAUCCAGACUAAUCCCUGCGGACUAUGUCAACCUGCUGACGCAGGUGCAUGGGUUUACUGAUUUACAGAAGGAGCAGUACUUGAGGAAGAAAUCCUGUGAUGAGAACCAGGCCCGCAGAAUUAUAUCGCGUGUGAAAACAUCAAGAACCCUUCAUAUCAUGAGCCACAUACCAACGUUCAGUUGGAUGCUAGCAACUGUCUUUGCGGAACAAAAUUUUGCGGAUGACCAAGAAGAAUCUCCCGUGACUAUGACAGAGCUGUUCACACACUACUCGCUCCUUCAGUUAAAUAUGAUGCAUUCAAAGUAUUUCAGAGACAAUGCAGAUACACCAGAGUGGAUAGUGCGUGACAGGGAUUUCCUCAUGAAACUUGGGAAGCUGGGUUUUCAAUUGCUGGAAAAAGGCCACAAAGAAUUCUCUCUGAAAAACCUGAAGGAUUGCAAUCUUGAUGUUGAAGAAGCAAUUGUGCACUCAGGGUUGUGCACAGAGGUGUUCUCACUGCACACAGAGUCACAGCCGAGAGUUUUCUGCUUUGUACAUCUCAGCAUCCAGGAAUAUCUAGCUGCUUUCUAUGUCUAUAUGUCCUUCCGAGUUAAGCACAAGAGCCUUCUUGACCAAACACGCGUCUUUCCACCAACAAAGCUGUUCAAAGGACCUACCCUUUUGGAUUUACUCACCAGUGCCGUGGACAAAUCCUUACGGAGUCAGGACGGACACCUGGAUCUGUUUCUCCGUUUUCUUCUUGGCCUCUCGGUGGACUCCAUUCAGAGACUCUUUCGCACCUUCAUCCCAAUACCUGAAAGCAGUACACACUGCAUGGAGGAAACAGCCAGGUACAUCAGGAAGAAGAUUGAAGAGAAUGCUUCUCCGGACAGGUGCCAAAAUCUGCGCCAUUGUCUGACUGAACUGGAAGGCUGAAGUCUGUCUCACUUUGCUGUAGAAGCACGGCACCGCACUCCUUGUGCUGCGGGGGUUCCAGACCACUUGCAUAUUUUCUCAAAGUUGAAGCCAAUUUUCUGUACUUCCACCAAACUGCCCCUAGGUAGCGAUAUACAGUGGGCGAUUUUUAAUAAAAAUGUAGAAAAAAGGCUACGUAUAAUAACAACAUGGAUAAUGGUCAUGCAGGUUCUUCCUAUACAAUAUACGGAGAAUCCGCCCCUUUCUCACCGCCUACUCGACCCAGCUCCUGGUCCAAGCGAUGGUUCUGUCCCGCCUGGACUACUGCAAUUCCCUCUUGGCUGGCCUCCCAGCGUCUGCCAUCAGACCCCUCCAACUCAUCCAGAAUGCAGCAGCUCGUCUGGUCUUCAACCUUCCCAAAUACUCACACGUCACCCCCCUGCUUACUUCCCUCCACUGGCUGCCUGUCAUGGCUCGCAUCAAAUUCAAAACAUUGGUGCUAGCCUUCCAAGCAGUUAAAGGGUCUUCCCCAGCUUAUCUACAAAAAAUCAUCAGACCCUACACCCCUGCCAGACCUCUUCGUUCAGCCUCCACAGGCCGCUUGGCACCUCCCCCUCUCCGAACCUCCACAUCACGCUCACGACUACUGUCUGUUCUGGCUCCACGGUGGUGGAACAAACUCCCCGUUGAGGUCAGAACUGUAGAAUCUUUCCCCACCUUCAAGCGCAAGCUGAAGACACACCUCUUCAAGCAGCACCUCUCCCCAUCCCUCCCUACCUCCCUGUGAACCUUAAUUGUUGUCUCUGUGACUUGCUUUGUGUAUCGGUAUUUUUAGUUGGCUAGGUAAGCAGUGUUUGGAUAGUUAACUUGGAUAGGUCACUUUUGCUCUGUUUGUUUGUUUCUUUGUUCUCAAAAAAAAAAUCUUUGUUGUACAGGUAGCAGUUGAAAUUGUACUUCCCUCUAGGGUCUUUCAGCGAACUUAUCCCUGGUUAUGGGUAUGCACUUUGUUGUACGUCGCUCUGGAUAAGAGCGUCUGCCAAAUGCCAAUAAUGUAAUGUAAAUAAUGUAAUAAUGAUCUAUACUUUAUGUUCAGGGAAACUAUAUACUUCUAUAUAACUAUAUACUCUGUGCAUAUUUAUCAAGACUGCUAACAAUUCUUGGCCCACCUGUAUUCCUAUCUAUUUGCAGCAUCAAAAUUAUUUUUGUUUUGAUGGCAGUCAUGGGCGUAGGAUUUGUUAGUUGGCCCUAAUUUCUGUAGCCGAUAAGUUCAUUAACCUUAGCCGAAUGAGAGUCUACGUAGGAGAGCAUCCAAGAGCAACACAUGGAGGGCCAGUUGCAUCACCUUGUCAGAAUGCUGAAGCUCAGACGCAUGUCUUGCAUUGACCAAUUUCACCAGCAUUUAAAAGAUUAACAGGGAUUCAAAAUGGCCUCUAGCUUCAUGGCCUGUUGCGAUGAACUUUGCAGGAUUGAAUGGACUUUUGAAGUUGUCCUCUAAUUAAAUAUAGGUAUCCAGCUGCCUAUCUGUACCUUCACGGAGUCUCAGCAAACUAAAAAUGGUGUCAUUUAUAUCAAGUUAUAUCAUUGCGUUAGUUUAGUGUAAUAAUGCCUGUAUUGCAUGAAUACAUGAAAAUAUUUUUGAUUAACAUUAAUUAAAUAAUUAAAAUUACACCAUGGUAUUUUUUUCAUUUGUCAUAUCAAUAAACACUAUUAAUUUGU